CUGUCCGGCAUUUGUCUACCGUCUCCCGGGUCGGCCAGUCUGCUUCUAAAGCCACUGUAACAGCGCCUGUCCCGGGUGGUGAUUUCCGGCAUUCACAGCAGUGUUCCGUCCCCAAGUCCACCUAGAGGUAGUCCAGACACCGCAUCUGAAGCACACCUCGUGUAUCCCUCUUACAUCGUCUCCUAUUUCGAGGUCAACAGCAACAAAAAAAUGGCACCCAAGCUUCCACCAGCGAGAUUCGUGAGAUCGGUCCUGAAGUCGUUCAUGGCCGAGUCCGGCCUUGAGCCGAGACUCCUCGGACCUCAUCUCCGGGUAACCGGUGCCACCGAAGGCAAGGUCGACUUUGAACUCGACAUCACCAAAGACCACACCAACCGUCUAAAGAUCAUCCACGGCGGGACCAUCGCCAGCAUGGUUGACCUUGGUGGUUCUCUGGCUGUAGCCUCGAAAGGACUCUACGCCACCGGUGUGUCGACGGAUCUGAACGUUACCUACCUUAGUAGCGGUGGGAAAGUCGGCGAGAAGAUUUCCGGGACCGCUGUGUGUGACAAGAUGGGCAAGACUCUUGCCUACACCACCGUCACUUUCCGCAACCAAAAGGGCGAGCUAUGUGCCCGUGGUAGUCAUACAAAGUAUGUCGCCAACGCCUGGAAGUCCCAAAAUGGGACUGAGCUCUUCACGCCUCCGGAGGGAGCUGUGAUUGCCGAGGAUGAUGUGGAGUAAAAGUCAUGAGAGUCAACCUGGACAUAGGUGCGUAUGCAUGGUGUACAUAGAGUUGUUAGACCUCGGGCGAGUGGGCGAUUAGCGAUGUUACGUCUCUGCAUUUUCAUUAUCCUUUCAACUCAUAGAAAGAUACCCUUAGAGUACCUG